CUCGCGAAAGCAAGGUGGGUUGGCCCCGGCCUUUUGGCCCUCCCGCCGUUGCCAUACAGCUGCUGCUGCUGUUGCUGCUGCUGCAAGCCAAAGCCAGGCACCCGAGGUCUCCACCAUGGAGCGCAGCUCGGCCGCCGUGGGUGCCGUGAGGCGCCUCCGUACGCAGCAGCAGCAGCAGCACCCUCGCCCAAACCACCACCAGCACCCGCAGCAGCAGCCGCCGCCGUGGCGCCCGGACCAGGAGCCGCCCGACGGACUGGACGGGAAGAAGCUGCCGCCGGGCAGCCGGGGAGGAGGAGGAGGAGGAGCGCGGGGCCUCCCGCUGCUGCUGCUGCCGGAGGCGCGCACGGCCCUGGUGCUGCUGCUCUACUUGCUGGCGCUGCGCGGGAUCGCGCACCUCUCCCUGCGGAGGCUGGUGCAGCCGGCGGAGCGCCGCCCCGGCGAGGAUUUCAACGCCCUGCGCGCCAGGACUUACCUAGAAAACAUUACUGCAAUUGGACCCAGAGCAGUUGGAAGUCCGGAAAACGAAAUCUUCACAGUCAACUACCUCUUGGAGCAAGUUAAAGCUAUUGAAACUCAAAGCAGUCAUGUGCACACCAUCUCCGUCGAUAUACAGAGGCCCACGGGCACCUUCAGUAUUGAUUUUCUCGGAGGCUUCACCAGUUACUAUGACAACAUUACUAAUGUCGUGGUCAAGCUAGAACCCAGGACCGGAGCGGAGCAUUCUGUGCUCUCCAAUUGCCACUUUGACUCUGUACCAAAUACUGUCGGGGCCAGCGAUGACGCCGUCAGCUGUUCUGUGAUGCUUGAAAUACUGCACACCCUUUGUAAAUCACCCGAGCCCUUGCAGCAUGCUGUCAUAUUCCUGUUUAAUGGCGCAGAAGAGAGUGUCCUGCAGGCUAGUCAUGGCUUCAUUACUCAGCACCCCUGGGCUAAAUCAGUUAGAGCAUUUAUUAAUCUGGAGGCUGCUGGAGUAGGAGGGAAGGAACUUGUGUUUCAGACAGGACCUGAAAACCCCUGGCUGGUGCAAGCAUAUAUCUCGGCUGCAAAACACCCUUUUGGUUGCGUUGUGGCUCAGGAAGUUUUCCAGAGUGGCAUUAUCCCCGCAGAAACAGAUUUCCGCAUUUACAGAGAUUUCGGCAACGUUCCAGGGAUAGACCUGGCUUUCAUUGAAAAUGGUUACAUCUACCACACGAAGUACGACACGGCAGACCGAAUUCUGACAGAUUCUAUUCAGAGAGCAGGUGACAAUAUUUUGGGUGUGCUAAAGUACUUAGCGCAGUCGGACAAACUGGCCAGAUCUCAUGAAUAUCGACAUGGAAAUGUUGUCUUCUUUGAUGUCUUUGGCAUGUUCGUCAUGUCCUACCCAGCUCGUGUCGGUUCCAUUAUGAACUAUAUCGUUACAGCAGUUGUGUUACUUUAUCUGGGGAGAAAAACAUUGCAGCUGAGAAAAAGAGUGAGUUACCUGAAGGAACUUGCCAUCGCCUUUGGCUUCUCAGUUCUCAGUUGGCUUGCUGUCUUGAUUGGCGUCCUUCUCAUAGCUGUCUUAAUCUCUCUUCUUGGACGCUCCCUUUUUUGGUACACCCAUUUCUACGCCUCCGUUUUUCUGUAUGGAACUGCAGCCGUGGCUAAACUAAUUCUCUUGCAUACGUUAGCCAAGACAUUCUAUUACAAAAAUACAAGCGAACAGUUCCUGGGAGAGCUCUUCUUUGACGUUCCAGUUGUUUUUUGGUCCAUUAUGUUGGCUUUGCUUACUUACCUAGGACAUUCCUCAGCAUUUGUCAGCGCAAUAUGGAUUGUGUUUCCUCUGCUCACAAAAUUAAUGACCUAUAAGGAACUGAAAGAAAAAGGUGCCACAAUGAAAUUUGUAGCAGUUUACCUCCUGGGAAUGUUUAUUCCGCAUGUCUAUUCGUUAUACCUCAACUGGAUUAUAUUUGAAAUGUUAAUACCCAUCCUGGGACGCAGUGGUUCAGAAAUUCCACCUGAUCUUGUCGUGGCUGCUUUUAUCGUUUUGGCGACGAUAUUUCUGUCUUCCUACUUUCUUAAAUUCAUCUACCUUGCCAAAAGUACAAAGAUGACAAUUUUAACGUUAGCAACGGUUUCUGCGAUCACGUUCCUCCUGGUUUGCAGUGGAAUCUUCUUCCCUUUCAGUUCAGAUUUCGCAAACCCCAGACCAAAGCGAAUCUUUCUUCAGCACAUGAGUCGAAGAUUUCAUAGCCUGGAUGGGCGGUUGGCGAAAAGUGAUUCUGGAAUAUGGAUUAAUGGGCUCGACUAUGGCGGGAUAUCUCAUAUCACUCCUCAUAUACCUGAACUCAACGAUUCCAUUAGAACAAAAUGCGAGGAAGGCGCACCUCUCUGUGGAUUUCCCUGGAUCCUUCCCGUGGACUAUUUAUUCAAGAAAAACUGGUAUCUUCCUGCUCCAGCCAUCACUCCCAAGAAACCAGCUCAAUUUAAGCUUCUCUCCAAAGAGCAAACGCCGUCAGCUUCUACAAAGUUCACCUUUGAAAUAACCGGUCCAAGCCACAUGUCCGUGUUUCUUCGGCCACAUGAAGGUUCAACACUGUCCAGGUGGUCUCUUGGAGAUGGAACUCCUGUUGCUAAUAAUGUAGGCAGAGAUUAUUUUAUAUAUUAUACACAUGGACUCCAGGCCUCACCAUGGCGCUUCUGGAUAGAGAUGAAGGCUUCUGAAGAGCCCACUAAAGGAAUGGUCACCCUUGCUGUGGUUUCGCAGUAUUUAUUUGAAGAAAAUCACAACUCUCCUCAGCUGCAGGCUUUAGCUGAAAGAUUUCCCAACUGGACUUUUACCUCAGGCUGGGUCUCCACCUAUGAUCAAUUUAUCUUUUAAUCCGGAGAUAACACAAAGGGCAUUGCACUAGUGCUCGACUGCAGUGUCUUUGAGUAGAAGUUGGACCAACCCCAAAAUGCGCUCACUUUUCUAUGGGGAACAAGUGGAAUGAAGGCCAGGCUCUAUCGGAUGCAAGCGCACAGUGCUAUCGUCUCUUUGGACUUGGAAGCACUGAGCUACCCACUUUGGCCUUCUGUAUGCAUGUAUGUAUGUGUUGGGUUUUCAUUCUUGGCAAUACCAACUAUUCAGUAGUUGCUAAAAUUGUCAAUGGUCAGUUCCCAUUCUUUAGUUGCUUUCUUACAAGUUAGUAAAAAACUACACAUUUCCACCGUGUUGUUAGAAGCUUGCAGGAAAUCAAGUUGCACAUGCUUAAAACGUGCUCCUUUAAAAGACGCUGGAAUGAGGAACUCUGUUCAGAGAUAUUGAUCAUAGUAUGCUCAUCUGUAACUCCUUCCACUUAAGAUUACCUUGCUCUACCCUGUUUCUAUUGAACUUGAUGGGACUUGCUUUUGAAUAGGUACGUGUAGUAUUAAUGCUAUUCAUGUUUGGGAUUUUGCUAUUAAUGACUCCAGCUUUCAAAGCCCAAAUAUUUUAGUGCAUCGAGGGGAAGGAAACGUAUUCCAAAAGGAAACAUGUUGGGAAGAAUUGCCUAGGAGGAGGCUGAGAACAGCCCGCCAUAAAUUAGAAGCCAUUUGCAGGCGAAAUAAGCAAAACAUGAAGUGAUAUAAAAAGCAAAUUGUUUCAGAUACACAGUAAUAACUUCAGACAGAAGGUUCAGGUCCCAUCGAGCAGCUUUUUUGCAGGGGAGGUUUUCAGUCAGAUCAUAGAAAGUACUUCCAGUGACAACCAAUAUACCCCUUUCCCCCUCCUACCUCAUUUGCUUCAUUUGCAUAGUGAAGGAAGGGGAAAAAAUUUCAUCAAAAUGAGUAACAUAGGCUGGAAAGUCUCUCUGCUGGAGAUGUAAAGGGGCAUAUGCCAGAAUGUUCAGAGAACUUAAUUGUAUAAAAUACUACUCUAUUCUCUAGAGCAGGCGUCCCCAAACUUGGCCCUCCAGCCGUUUUGGGACUACAAUUCCCAUACCUGACUGCUGGUCCUGUUAGCUAGGGACGAUGGGAGUUGUAGCCCCAAAACAUCUGGAGGGCUGAGUAUGGGAAGAAAAUAAGUACUGGGCAGAAAACCUUCAUUUCCCAGUUAAGCUAUAGUAGGAAGCUGUAAGGCUAUGUUGCCCCUCUGAGCUCAUCAAGACUCAGGUUUGUGAUGCUGCUGCCAAGAUGCCAAAUAACAAAGCGUACAAACCGUGUUCCUGUAGCGGCUUUCACACAGGUGGGUUAGGAACAAAACCAUAUGCAAAGGCCAAGGUGAGAAGUAGCUUACUGCAAUUCUACCGUGAAGUAAGUUCCAUUUAAAGGAGUUCCCUCCAAGUAAAAAUAAUUAGAUCAGGAUGCUAUCUGAAAUCCCUAGUUCUUCAGCUUUACUGUCCCAAAUUUUCUUCGAUUUUUUCCAUUCAGAUGACUUCUCAACAUUUCCAUUUGCCUCAUUUUUUUUAAUGCCAGUAAUCCUGAAUUGCAUUAAUAUUACCUUAUUAAUGUCUUGGAAAAUGUUGCAUAAUUUUAAUUUGAACGUUAAGGUCAAUGCCAGCCUAGAUGCCUGUGUGCCACUGAAACUAGCAGCUGUGUGCAUUUCGCUCCCCCUUUGCUCUCUGUAGCCUCUUGUAUAACUUGUUUGUGUCAUGACAUUGUGGGCUGCAAUUUUCCUGUCUCCGUUCUAAAUCACCCAAUGGUGAUUGGAAGGAAAUUCAGAAUUCCGUUGUAUCGGAACACAAGGCGCGUUAUACUCCCCGUUACAGAGGGGUGGGGAAGCUAAAUAUUGUGGGAAAUGUUUAGUGGAAUGCACCAGCUGGUCCUAAGUAAGAGCACUGCUUUGUACUUAGAACUCAAAUAUUUCAAGCAAAGCCCAACAAAUUGCCUAUAUUAUUACUGUCUUAAUUGUUGUAGCUACAAACCUGCAUUAACACGUUAUAUUAAAAAGUGCACAAACUCUUUGCACUAAAAACAACUGGUUUUGCAUGUAGUAUUUUCCAUUCGUGUUUAUCUGUCCCAAAUCUCUUGCGGAUCUUAAAUGUACUGCAUCUUAAUGUACUGCUUUUGCAACAUGCGUUUAAAAUCUCAGUGCACCUUUUGCACAUAGUCUGUUCUCCAAUAAACUGAGAUUGGAGAAAGUCAGAACUCACCAAGCUUCCCCCCCCCCAACUGAUUUACAUUGUGCCUCAAAACUUACAUAAUGGUUUGAAAAUGACUCUGCAUGAUGUAAAUAUGGAGUAAUGAAAAAUACCUACAUGUCUCAGAGCA